AUGGAUUUUGUUGAUACGAAUGUUUCAGAGAAUACUUAUUUUUCUCAAGAACACAAUUUAAUUUUAACUAAUGCCGAAGCUAAUAAAUAUUAUAGUGAAGCUGAUGAAAUGGAUAGAGAAAUGGUCGAAGAAGCCAAUGAAGAAACCGAUGAAAAAACUGAUGAAAAAAUUGAUAAAGAAAUCGAUAAAGAAAUCGAUGAAGAGACCGAUGAAGAACUUGAUAAAAAACUCGAUAAAGAACCUGAUAAAGAACCCGAUGAAGAAGCUGAA